UCUAUGAUAGUUCAAGCUCUUUUCCUCGAUCCUCAAUUUCCGGUCCAUGGCGUCUUUCUCCGAUUCUGGUCCAACUUCUCUACCCUUGGUUUCGCCGUCACCGUCAUCCGCCGCCGUUAGGUACGAGGUGUUCGUGAGCUUCAGAGGGGAAGACACCCGCAGGGGUUUCGCCAGCCAUUUGUGCGACGCCUUGUGCGGGAAGCUAGGGAUUUCCCUCGUCUACAAAGACGAAGACAAGCUCGCCGGCGGCGAUUCGAUUGGGCCGGAACUCCUCAAGGCGAUCGAGGAAUCCAGAGUCGCCGUCGUCAUCCUGUCGCGUAACUACGCUUCGUCGACCUGGUGUUUGGAGGAGCUCGUCAGAAUCCUCGAGUGCAGGCAUCGGAAAGGUCAAAGGGUUCUCCCGAUUUUCUACGAUGUUGAUCCGUCAGAUGUGAGGAAGCAAAGGGGAAGCUUCGGAGUUGGCCUGGAGAAGCAUCAGCGGGAUUUCGAGCAGCUGGAGAGAUGGAGAAAUGCCCUGACGGAAGUCGCUAAUCUCUCCGGAUUCACUUCGGCGGACUACAGAAAUGAUUCGGAGAUGGUGAAGGACAUUGUGGAGAAGAUAUGGAGGGAACUGAGUCCUACAUUUCGGAGUAUCAGUAAACCCUUGGUCGGGAUGGAUAGGCGGGUGAGGGCAGUGAUUAAGCUAUUAGGUGAACGGGAUAGGGAUGUUAGAAUGAUUGGAAUUUGGGGGAUGGGGGGAAGUGGUAAGACAACAGUGGCCAUGGCUGCUUAUGACGCCAUUCGAUUGCAGUUCGAGUUCAGCACUUAUCUUGCUCAUGUGAGGGAUGUCUGCAACUCCAACGGAGGGCUGCUUCAUUUGCAGAGGCAGCUAUUUGAGGGAACUGCAAGUCAGCCUGCAAAAGAUUUGGAGGGAUGGGGUUCUUUUGGCGCGAUCGAGAGGCUGAAGAGGGCUUUUAGAGGGAAGAAAAUGCUUCUUGUUGUGGAUGACGUUGACCACCAAGAACAGCUUGAAUCGUUAGCUAUGGAGCAUAGUUCGUUUGGCUUAGGAAGUCGAAUCAUCGUAACCUCCAGAGAUAGGCAUAUCAUGGAUGCUCAUGGGGUUGAUUCGAUGUAUGAGACCGAGUUGUUAGACAACGAGGAAGCCAAGGUGCUGUUAUGCUCAAAAGCUUUGAAUCCAGAGCAAGCCAUGGAAGAUUUCAAGGAGGUGUGUGAAUGCGUUGUGGGUUAUGCAGAGGGGCUUCCCCUAGCACUAGAAGUGUUGGGUUCUUCCCUUCGUGGAAGAAGUGUCGGUGAAUGGAAAAGCACAAUUGAGAAGCUGAAGAGAAUCCCACCAGGCAAGAUUCUGGAGGUGCUGAAAAUCAGUCUGGACGGACUAGAUGAAGAAGAAAAGCAAAUUUUUCUGGACAUUCUGUUUUUCUGUAGGGAUUGGGAGAAACAAAGUGUCGUGAAGAUACUUGAAAGCAUGUAUUUGGGUGUAAACAUUGGGAUUAGGAACCUUGUUGACAAAUCACUGGUCAAUGAAGGAGGCUCCAAGUUUUUCAUUUCCCAUGACUUACUAGAAGAAAUGGGAAAAGCAGUAGUUCUUUCAGAAUGUCCAGAUGAGCCAGGAAAACGCAGUAGAUUGCGAGGAUAUGAGGAAGUCUGUCAUGUUCUUACCAAAGAAACGGGUAGUGAAAAUGUCAAAGUGAUGUACCUGCGGUUGCAUGACACAAAGAGGCUAGAAUGUGGUGGUGAAGCCUUCAAGAACAUGGUUAAUCUAAGAUUGCUGAGGCUGGAAAAUUUACAGAUUACACAAGGGCCAACCUAUCUCUCCCAUGAAUUACGAGUUCUGCAUUGGUCUCCUUACCCUUCCAAAUCUCUACCAUCUAGUUUCAAUCCUCACCAUCUAAUCGAACUAGACUUGAGUUUCAGCUGGAAUUUGGAGCGUCUUUGGCAUGGACAUAAGGCUUUGCCCAAUCUGAUAGUGAUGAAUCUCUCUCACUGCAAGAAUCUAAUUGAGACCCCUGAUUUCAGUGGAACUCCUAACCUUCAGAGCCUGUAUCUCAAGGAAUGUGAGCUGUUGCCCAAGAUUCAUCCAUCAUUUGGAAACCUCAGGAAACUCAAUUUUGCUGAUCUCAAACAGCUAGUCUGUCUUAAGGCUUUUCCUACAAGCCUUGAAAUGAGCUCUCUGAAAUGUCUUCAACUUAGUGGCUGCUCAAAGUUGAAGAAGUUGCCAGAUUUCACUGGACACAUGGAGUGCUUGGUUGAGCUUGAACUGGAUGGCCUUGGAAUCAAACAACUGCCUUCAACGAUCGGAUCAUUGGUUGGCAUGCAAACUCUACAAAUCAAAGACUGCCAUCAACUCAAAAGUAUUCCACACAGCCUAGGCUGUUUGACCUCCCUUAAAGAAAUUAUUUUACAAAGUUGUCCACGAUUGGAAGAGCUACCAAUCUCAUUGGGAUCUUUGGUUGGCCUUAAGGAGUUGUGCCUUUGGAGAUGUGACGGCCUCAGAAGUCUUCCACCGAACUUGGGUUGUUUGACUUCCCUCGAAACACUUACCCUGGGAAGCUGUUGGAAACUGGAACAUUUACCUCCAUCAAUGGGCAACUUACUCAGUCUGGAGUUACUGCAGAUACACAAUUGUGUGAACCUCAAAGAUCUUCCAGACAGCCUGGGCUGUUUGACAUCACUUAAACAACUCUAUCUUGACUGUUGUUCUAAACUGGAGAAGUUACCCUCUUCACUGAAAGGCUUAAUUGCUUUACAAGAGUUGUCGCUUCAAUUCUGUCUCAGGGUUUGCUCGUUGCCUGAGCUUCCCUCCCAAAUUGAAAGGAUAUAUCUGAAUGGCUGCAUAUCCUUGGAAGAAAUUCCAGACACAAUCAGUCUCCGCUAUGGGCUGCAGAUGCAGUGCUUUGAUUGCUUAAAAUUAGAUCAUUACCCUACAAAUCGUCCGACGGAUCAGUCAGAUACCUCAGCAUUGCGGGCUCUCAGAAGAUACCUGGAGGGUCAUCCUCAUCCCCAAAAUCAAUUUAGCAUUGUGACUCCUGGAAUCAAUGUAAUGCCCGACUGGUUCAACCAUCAAAGUCAGGGGAGCUCACUAACAACAUUAAAACUUCCAGAUGAUCGUCAUAGCAAAAAUAAUUCAGACUGGAUGGGGAUUGCCACUUCUGUUUGCUUCAGCAUUUGUUACUCCACCAAUGAAUGCUCCGACGAUCACAUUUGUUCAAUCGGUUCCGACCUUGGAUUCCUCAAAGUAUCCCCAGGAGUAGUGACAGAGGGGGCAAACCACGUCUGGUUAUCCUACAUUCCUAAGGAUCCCAACAAGCCAAAACAGUGGAUGCUGCAACCCAAUAUCGAGCUGUCGUUCAAAGGCGGUUGCUCGCAUGUGAAGAUCAAGAGAUGUGGCUACCGGCACGUUUACCGCCAUGAUACUACUGAAGAAGAGUGCACCAACAACAUGCAGGGUGUGCCUCUGCAGAGCGAGGGUCAACCAUGGAAUGAUGAUGAUACUAGUCAGCGUCAUCGUGUAAGCGUACUAGGUUUCCGUUCCAGUAAGAAGCAACAACAUCUGAUGUUAGUACCGAGAGGGAAACGAGUCAACUGGGAACUAGCUUUACUCAAGUCUGGGUUAUUAACCUCUCUCAUUUGUCAUCGUCGUCUGCAGUUAGUGCCGUGGCAUGAACCAGUUGUACUGGGGGCUAAUGUGAUCAGCUUCAUUCUCAAAUUGUGUUCGAAUUGCAGUAGGGUGUUUACUUCCCCUAUCAUCAGCUUUCCAUUGUUGGCUCUUUUCCUUGUUCUGUUUGGGAUUCUUUUCGUCCUUGGAAAGCCUUGAGUACAGCAGAUACUUCAUCUAAUAAUCUGCAAGUGAGCCGGAUGGUUCUGUUUUUAUGAACCGUUUGUGUUUCAGUAAAGAAGGGAAAUACGAUUGUUAAACAUAAGGAGACGAGCAAUAAUUCCAUGGAUCAUACACAAAUAAACUCGAAGUGAAGCUCAGAGUCUGCAUAUGCUAAAGCAUGUUUCAGUAUGGUUAGUAGCUAGCGCUGCGAGUAACUGAGAACGGUGUAGAUAGUCUGGAUGGCAGUGAAGAUGAGGAGUAUAGUACCGCCAACCACUGAUAAGGUCGUCCAUGGAUUCUUGAGGUGUUUCUUUCUCAACUCCAGCAAGUAUCGAUGCUUACGAGACUCACAUUGGGCUUCAAUUCUGCUGCAUAACUCAGCGAAAUAGAAAUUCUUCAAUACAAAGUUCUGGCUUAUGUUGUAGAAGAUCUUAUAGGCAUCCUCCCUACCACCCAUCUGAUUGAUUAUGAUUCCUUUGCUUUCCAUUAUAUCAAGGUCUUCUUUGUGGCUGACUAGGCGCUCCAUCAGGAACACGUAAGAUGCAAAGUACUCAUGUGAGUUGGCUGCAUCUUCGGGAUUACAGGAGCUAUGCUCAAAAGCCAUGAGAUUGCUCAACAGUGAUUCAGUGCACUCGUUGAUCACCAAUGGUGGGAUACGGAAGACUCCAUUGCAGAAUUCCAUAUCCAGCAACAUGCUCUUCCCUGCCUUCUCAAAACGUAUUCCUGCUUCACUCAGUUUCUUAGCAUUACGCAUGUGCACUAUGGGUGACAGUUGGGACAUAGGAGGAAGAGGAGGGAGAUCAGGGUGACGUGAAGUAGGAUGAGCGUAGUUUGAUAUGAGAUCAAGCAGAUGCCUAUAAUGUGGAUGCUCAUUUGCAGUUCCUAUUCUGAAGAACUCAUGAUGACAAUUGAAGUCACUUUUGAAGAGGGCGAAUGCAAUUUCAGGGAGAGAGAAACCUUCUAUAUUGGUUGGCAGUGCUAUGUUAUGACGGAUGACUUUGAACAGGCGUUCAAGCACGAAGAAAGGGAUUUGAUUUUCGAGCAGUGCCAGGUCACGCCGAAGGCCUGAUGAGACCUCGAGUAGAAAACAGGCAUCGACAAGGAUAAUCCUGGAGAGCAGCUCGCUAGAUAUAUCCAUCUCUGUGUAGUGGUCGUCAACUAGCACUCCAAUGACUUGAUCCACUGCAUUUUUGCACUCGUGAAAGGUAUCAUCGGGAGACCUUGUCCUUUCCAGAAGGCGGAGCAUGAACACUCGCUUGUGGCCCUCCAUGGCUUGCAAAUCAGCAUUUCUAUGCAUAAAAGACGCCUCUCUGUGGCGGUGGAAAGGCCCUAUGGAAACAAACUGAGGAGUGUAUGCAAGUGGGUUAACUUUGAACAUCAACUGGGGAACACGAAACAUUGUCCAUGUGGUUGCUCUCUUUGCCAAGGCAGCAGCUGUCUCCCUCAGGGAGUCUAUGUUAAUCGGGUCGUACUCGUAAGAUCUCUCCUGGGCUUGAUAAUACCCGUGAUCACUUCCUGUCCCUGACCAACUUGCCGCCAUAAUGGGUUAGUAUUCUCCUCUCUGCUUAAGCAAAAAAGAACAAGCAUAACAAGAGAACGUAUCAUGGUCAUGGUCAGUUGAAGAACACUGGGCAGAAAUUGCAGAGAGAUUUGCAGAACAAAAAGAUGAAGGCCAAAGUGGUGCUCACCUGCUAGCUAGAUACUUGCAAGGUAAACUGGACGUGGUUGCUACGUCUGUUGAUUUCAGCCAGGUAACCCGACCUACUACUGCCUCUGCUUACUUUCCUACACAACAGGACACCCUCUUUCAUAAUGCUGUUUCUCCAGGAUGAGUACCAUUGACUUCCCUUUUCUAGUAUUUGUAAUGUACUAGGUUGUUGAGAAAUUGUCCUAGAAGUGCCCUGGCAGUUUCUGGGCCGGCUGGUAAUCUGUUGAAAUGGAACUUCAGAAUGUGACCAUCCACUAACUAUCAUAAAGGUCAACUAGGCUGGUGUAUUAAGUCUGAUUCCUAUCCUUUGUGUAUAGUUUUUAGUUCGAUUCCGCAGACUGUCAACUAAGUUGUUCAUAGGGUUUAUAUGUAAAGUCCUGUUGCAGUCCUCUUUAGAGUUAGUUUUCUUCGUUUUUGUAAGGUUUCUUCGUUAUGAUGUUGCCUUAGGAAGUUCAUGGGUAGUCGAUUUCCUUCGAACUUUUCUCUCUUGUUAUUACCUGGAACUAGAAAGAACAAAGUUUUGUGUAUUAAGUAAGAACUACUUGUCUAGGAACCUACAGUAAUUGGAGUAAUUAAACAGAGAAGGGCUCAAUGUUGCAGCGAACAAGGACUUGGUUGACUCGUAUUACCACUGUUUUUGAAUAUGGAAGUUACAUAACAUAUUGCUUUUAAAUCUUUGAAAUAUGGUUAAGUGGGAGUGUAAAUAAAUGAUGUAAUCUCUUGCUUUUUAAAUAACUUUCAAUAAUUCAAGUUAUUAGCA